AUGAGCUUCCAGCCUUGGAACACAUUCUGCAGAAACUCUCCAGAGGAGGCUGGCAAGUCCUUGAUCCAGGAUCUAGCUAUGCGCUGCAUCCAGAAAAACAUCAUGAAGAAUCGCGGCGUGAAGGACUGGCCAUGGUGGAAGCUCUUCACCACCGUGCAGCCCCUCAUUAGAGUCCAGCUCACAGAGGAGCAGAUGCGGAACAGAGAUGAGGAAAUACAGCAGCAGAAAUCAAAGUUCGAGAGGGUGGAGAAGGAGCGGAAUGAACUGAGACUGAACACGGAUCGAUUGGAGAGCAGGAUCUCAGAAUUGUCAUCAGAACUGGCUGAUGAGAGAAGCACUAGUGAGUCAGCUUCCCAGUUGCUGGAGACUGAGGCUUCAGAGAGACUACGCCUGGAGAAGGAAAUGAAGGAUCUACAGGCCAAGUUUGAUGCCAUGAAGAAACAAUUAGAGUCGCAGGAGAUGGAGGUGAUGGAAGCUCGGCUGAUGAAAGCCUCAGAUCUCAACGGGGAGAUGGACGAUGACGAUGAUGCAGGAGGCGAGUGGCGGAUAAAAUACAACCGGGCCAUUCGUGAAAUGGACUUCACUAAAAAGAAACUUCAGCAGGAGUUUGAUGAGAAGCUGGACACAGAGCAGCAAGGCAAAAGACAUGUUGAGAGAAGGCUGGCUGAUUUGCAGACAGAUAAUGAGGAUGUGCAGCGCUCUGUGCAGCAGCUGAAGAAGAAGUGCCAGAAAAUGACGGCGGAACUGCAGGACACCAAGCUUCACCUGGAGGGCCUGCAGAGCCGCAACCACGAUCUGGAGAAGAAGCAGAGGAAAUUUGACCUGGAGCAGAACCAGGCUCAGGCGGAGGUACAAAGAGAGAGGAGCCAGAGGGAGAAGCUGGCCCGAGAGAAAGACUUAAUGACUGGUGAGAUGUUUAACCUCCGCCAGCAGCUGCAGGAAAAGGACGAUGAAUUGUGCACGGUGAACAUAAAGGUGCAGCAGCUGGAGGCAGAGCUGCAGGAUCUGUCCUCCCAGGAGUCCAAGGACGAGGCCUCGCUGGCCAAGGUCAAGAAGCAGCUCCGCGACCUUGAGGCCAAAGUUAAAGACCAGGAGGAGGAGCUGGACGAACAGGCGGGAAGCAUCCAGAUGCUGGAGCAGGCUAAGCUGCGGCUCGAGAUGGAGAUGGAGAGGCAGAGGCAGACCCACUCCAAAGAUAUCGAGAGUAAGGAUGAAGAGGUAGACGAGAUCAGGCAUUCUUGCAGUAAGAAGCUGAAACAGAUGGAGGUGCAGCUGGAGGAGGAGUAUGAAGACAAGCAGAAAGUGUUGCGUGAGAGGAGAGAGCUGGAGUCCAAACUGCUCAAUGCCCAGGACCAGGUGAGCCAGAGGGAUGUUGAGACGGAGAAGAGGCUAAGGAAAGACCUGAAGAGAACCAAAGUCCUUCUGGCUGAUGCACAGAUUAUGCUUGACCACCUGAAGAGUAACGCCCCCAGCAAGAGGGAGAUUGCUCAGCUUAAAAAUCAACUAGAGGAGUCAGAGUUCACUUCCGCAGCAGCAGUGAAGGCUCGAAAGAGCAUGGAGAUCGAAAUAGAGGACUUGCAUAUCCAAAUGGAGGACGUGGUCAAAACUAAGAUGUCGCUGGAGGAGCAGGUUAGCCGCCUGCAGAGGGAGAAGAACGACCUGCAGUCUCGUAAUGACGAGGAUCAGGAAGACAUGAAUGAGCUGAUGAAGAAACACAAAGCCGCAGUUGCCCAGUCUGCCAGGGACUUGGGCCAGAUCAGUGACCUGCAGGCCCAGCUGGAAGAAGCCACAAAGGAGAAGCAGGAGAUCCAAGAAAAGGUACAAGGAAGUAUUGAAAAGCACUACAGCCGCCUGGCAGGAACCCGCAUGCUGCCUUAA